CUUAUUCUGAAAGAAUAUUUUGUUAAACACUACCGGUUUGUGCCUGAAAGGGAGAGAAGCGGAACAGGAGGUGUCUUCGUCGAAGGGAACAAAGGGUGACAAAUUUAACCAACAUGGGAACAGCCUGAUCUCUGCGAUCCAGAGUCCAGCAAAGAUGUCAAAGCGCCCAUCCUACGCUCCACCUCCCCCUCCCGCCCCAACAACACAAAUGCCUUCCACCCCAGGGUUUGUGGGCUACAACCCUUACAGCCAUCUGGCCUACAACAACCUCCGGCUGGGAGGGAGCUCCGGAGGCUCCAGCAGGAACUCAUCAGGGAUCACCGUCCCAAAGCCUCCCAAACCUCCAGACAAGCCUCUGAUGCCUUACAUGCGGUACAGCCGGAAGGUAAGCAGGAAGGUAUGGGACCAGGUGAAGGCCUCCAAUCCAGACCUGAAGCUCUGGGAGAUUGGGAAGAUUAUCGGAGGGAUGUGGAGGGACCUGACUGACGAGGAGAAGCAGGACUACCUGAAUGAGUACGAAGCUGAAAAGAUCGAGUACAACGACUCGUUGAAAGCUUAUCACAACUCUCCAGCUUACUUGGCCUAUGUGAACGCCAAGAACCGCGCUGAAGCUGCCAUGGAGGAGGAGAGCAGGCAGAGGCAGAGUCGCAUGGACAAGGGAGAGCCGUACAUGAGCAUCCAGCCUGCCGAGGACCCCGAUGACUACGAUGACGGCUUUUCAGUGAAGCACUCGGCGGCCGCUCGUUUCCAGAGGAACCACCGACUCAUCAGCGACAUCCUCAGCGAGAUUGUUGUCCCCGAUGUCCGCUCUGUGGUCACCACGGCCCGCAUGCAGGUCCUCAAGAGGCAGGUCCAGUCCCUCAUGGUGCACCAGAGGAAGCUGGAGGCGGAGCUUCUGCAGAUCGAAGAUCGCCACCAAGAGAAGAAGAGACGCUUCCUGGAGACUACUGAUUCCUUCAACACUGAACUCAAGCGGCUGUGCAGCCUGAAGGUGGAGGUGGACAUGGAGAAGCUGGCGGCCGAGAUGGCGGCUGCAGAGGAGGCGGCCAGACGGAGAGCCGAGGAACGUGAGCGAGAAGCGGCCGAGCAGGCGGAGAAAGCAGCGCAGCAGCAACAGGAAGCUGCAGCCAACAAAGCUGCAGAGCAGAGCAACGCUAGCGCCACCUCAGGGACCACAGAGGAAGACAAGCCCACACCAAUGGAGACAGAUGAGGCGGCGCCGGCUGAGCCUCUCUCUGACCAGCAGUCUACUGCCCCUCCCCUGCCUGACCCCCCGUCUGGCUCUGACAAAGCAGCCCCUCCCUCCGACCCCCCAAGGGAGAGCAGCACUCCGGUCAGCAGCACCCCCAGUGAAGACAGCAGCAGCUUGCCCCCUCCAGCAGAUGGCAGCGUUGGGGCCCCAGCGUCAUCAGACCCCUCAGUGGGACAGGAAGGCCCAAACCCUGGGGCUGCAGCGCCCCCACCCUCCUCAGAAGAAGUAGCCCCCCCACCACCUCUACUUCUGCCCAAUCAGAGUAGCCAACAGUAUGAUGUGUGAGUUUAGUUAGAACAGAGUGGUAGCAGUAGAGGUGGGCCCUCUAGUGGUGAAGUUGUGAACCUGGCGGGUUCAUUACUGCUCCAUCCGUCUCACCUGACAGACCAACGUUCUGCUAGUCUGUAGGGAACACACAACUGGUUCUGUUACUUCUUGCUUUCCUGUCACACACCUGAGACUAUACUCCACCUGUAAACCUCCCCUUUUGACCAACUCAGCUUUUCUGAAACAUUUCUGACUCAGCUGGCUGGAAGAAGCUCUGUUUGGUUUCUGUUGAUUCCCAACCUUCUGCAUGCUCAGCUAAGUAUGAAUCUGCAACAGUUUGAGGUUCCUGCAGAUACGAGGAACCUUUAGAAUAUGUGGAAUAAAACUAAGUAAGCUGAUAUUUGAUGACUUGGUGAGUUUAAAGUCAGCGUCGUCGUUUCAUCCCUGUGUUUCUGCUGAAACACCAGAUAUGUCCUCCAUGUUGUUUCUGUAAUGGUUUUCCAUCAUAUUUUCUACUGACUGUAUCUUUUAUUUCCCUGUUUUUGCUGACAUUAGAAUCAUUUCCAUCAGAGAAGUGCAUGGGCCACACCCAUUCAAAAGUAACCUCACUUAUCCAUUCAAAGGACUGGUUUCUUACUUGAAAUGGACCUUUUAGUAAUCUGCCUCUUUUUGUACUGUCUGAUCUUAUUGAUUUAAAUAAAUUUGAUUUCCCUA